UCAAGCGGAGCACUGUAGCCUAAGAAAAGGCAGGCUGAUUUUGGACUCCUCUGUUUGCCGCCUAUCACCCCUACCAUCUGACUGGAAGAUACAGCAGGCAAAGAAAUGGCUGUAGAGAACACUACCAGAGUCGCUUUCCUAAGGAAUUCCUCCAGCUUCCCUGCCAGGAAUGAAUCAAGAUUGGAAAGGACAGCUCCUUACAACAAUGUGAUCAUGCCUAGCUUGUUUGGCAUUAUUUGCUUUCUUGGCAUAGUUGGGAAUCUUAUUGUAAUCUACACCAUCAUCAAAAAGAAGAAACUUCGGUGCAAGCAGACAGUGCCGGAUAUCUUCAUUUUCAACCUUUCCAUUGUAGACUUGCUAUUCCUGCUGGGCAUGCCCUUUCUCAUCCACCAACUCCUUGGCAACGGUUCCUGGUAUUUCGGAACUCCAUUGUGCACUAUCAUCACCGCCCUGGAUACCCACAGCCAGAUUACGAGCACCAACAUUCUGACAGUUAUGACCUUAGAUCGUUACCUGGCAACGGUCUAUCCUCUGAGGUCCACUUAUGUCCGAACGCCAUGUAUGGCAACCUUGGUUAUCAGCCUGGUGUGGCUCCUCUCAUUUUUGACCAUCAUCCCUGUGUGGAUGUAUGCAGGACUGAUGCCUUUGGAUGAUGGGACUGUCCGGUGUGCUCUUUUGCUUCCCAACCCCGAGACUGAUAUCUACUGGUUCACCAUCUACCAGUUCAUGCUAGCUUUUGCAAUUCCAUUGAUCAUCAUAUGCGUGGUGUACUUCAAAAUCCUCCAGCAUAUGGCCACCACUAUUGUGCCCUUACCACAGAGACGCCUUCGGGCUCGUACCAAGAAGGUCACUCGGAUGGCUGUUGCCAUCUGCUCGGCCUUCUUCAUUUGCUGGGCACCCUUUUAUAUCCUUCAGCUGGCCCACUUGGGAAUAGGCACCCCUUCUGUUGCCUUCUUCUAUGCCUACAACUUUGCCAUCAGCUUAGGCUAUGCCAACAGCUGCCUCAAUCCUUUCCUCUACAUUGCCCUAAGUGAGACUUUCAAGCGCCAGUUUAUGGUAGCAAUCCAUCCAGCCAAAGAACACUUCAGGGUAAACAACCACAACCACAGUAUGAUGGAAGCCAGUGUGUGCCUGAAGCUUGCCCCAGAAUCCACUCAACAGACUCGGUUUUUGGAGGGGUUUUCCCCACGUUCCUUGCCUGUGACGGUUGCAGUUCACUAGUGUCUUUCCUAAGAGAUUCGUAGUUCUGCUAUUUGAAGCCCAAGUUAUAUGUUUUCCUUCGCAGUCAUCCAACACAUGAUAAAUGUGUGGCUUCCUCAGAACAACUGCUAGGCACAAGUCAAUGAGGUGUUAAUGGGAAUCUGAAAUGUGCAAAUGCUAAUAGGUCAUUUAUUCUGAUACAUGAAGGGAAGGGAUGAAAUAAUUGCUGAGAGGAUUGGAGGCAAGUAUCCACUUGAAAACUAUUGAAGAGUCAUAAUGUAGAAAUCAUCCCAUCAAUAACAUAUAGCAAUAGCAAUAGCAAUAGCAGUGGACUUAUAUACCGCUUCA